UAGGAGUCCCAUGAUCGGGUUAUAACACUCUUCUUCUGAUUCAAAUACUGGUUUUUUACACCUGGUUUUCUAGCCUCCUCUGCAUAUGUUUCUUUCUUCAAAAGCUUAUUGACUUGGUUUAUGCACGAAUCUCUUUGAUUACUACCAACUUUCCGAUUUCUAGAUCGUCCGAAAAACUUCAAAGCCUUUCCUACGGCGGUUAAAGAAGGUUUGGCAUCAGCUUCUGAUCAUGCUUCAAAGUUUUUGAUUUUUGAUUUUCAAAUUAAUAGCAAUUUUGCAAGAACAUGAGGAAGUCCGUCUGAAAAAGUUUUUAAGGAGGCUGGGGUGAAAGCAUUGAUCUGCAGCAAGGCAGUGAUUUUGAAAACAAACCGUAUUAAGUUGAGCUAGAAACUCACGAGGAUGGAAGAAAAUACUAGCUUAAGCUUAAGAGACGAAGAGGCACCGGUGAAUGUAAAAUCUGAAUCUCAUGCAAUUCAUACAGCUGAAAUUGUCCUGGGAGAUAAUCAUGGGGCCUUGAAAACUGGGAGUUGCGGCCUAAAUAAUCAUGAAUACAAGGAGGAAGCUCCUUUGAACUCGAUUUCUCUUUUCCAAAAAGAGCUACCAGAAUCAACACUUGGUUGGCCACUUCUCCAGAAAACAGCACUUGCGAAUCAAAAAGCUCUGAGAAAAUCUAAAGGUAGGAAUUUAUCUGUUGUUGAAUGGGUGAUGAGCCUACCUACUCGAUCCACGUCUCUAAUUUUGCAAGAUCCGAUUGCUUUGGAUUUGAAUAAAACUGACAUACCUUCCGAGAGGGAGGCUGUCAACUCUACCUUUGAGGAAGGAGAUAAUGAAGAUGGAACGCUGCCCCAUGCUGUUGGGGCAUCUGAAGACGAAACAGUUGGCAGUAGCAGGAAACCAGAAGAAACUUCUGGCCUCGUUUGUGAAUAUAAAGAGGAAGUUUCUUCGAGUUCUGCUUCUUUUCUUAUAAAGGACUCUCCACAAUGGAGGCCUGGCUGGCCGCUUCUUAAGAUUUCAGCUUCUGCUAGUUCUGAUUUCUCAAGAGAUUCUGAAGAUAGAAAUAUGUCUGUUGUUCAAGGGUUGAUGAGCCUGCCUAAACUGUCAAAUUCAGCAAUUCCACAAACCCAGACUGGUGAAGUUUCAAAUAAAAUAGAAAGUCAUAUUGAAAGAGAGAGAUGUUUUUCUGAGGAUUUAGAUACUGAAAAUAAUUCGACAGAUACAGAAAGUCUUCUCAAGGAGUUGGAGUUUCUCAUGAGAACAAACUUUACUGGUUGUAGGUGGUUCAGUUACAAGGAGUUGAAUAGUGCAACGUCCAAUUUCUCCUCAGAAAAUCUUGUUGGAGAGGGAGGGUGCAGCAAAGUUUACAGAGGAUGUCUUCCAUGUGGCAGAUCAGUGGCAGUAAAGGUAUUAAAAUCGUAUGAGGAGGCUUGGAAUGACUUCUACGCAGAAAUGGAUAUCAUCACUACAUUGAAGCACAAGCACAUUUCACCUCUUAUUGGUGCAUGUCUCGAAGAUGACUAUCUCAUCUCUGUCUAUGACUUCUUUUCCGUGGGGAAUUUAGAGGAACUCUUACACGGUCGUGGGAACAGAUCUGUGUUGACAUGGGAAGUGAGGUUUAAAGUGGCUGUUGCAGUUGCUGAGGCUUUAAAUUAUCUCCACAAAGAAUGUCCUAGGCCAGUUAUUCACAGAGAUGUCAAAUCUUCAAACAUUCUUCUUUCGAAUGAGUUUCAGCCACAGCUAUCUGACUUCGGGCUUUCUAUAUGGGGACCCACGGAUUCACCUUAUGAGAUACACAGUGACGUGGUAGGGACAUUUGGAUAUAUUGCUCCUGAAUAUUUCAUGCGAGGAAGGGUCAGCAAUAAAAUUGAUGUAUACUCCUUCGGUGUGGUUCUGCUCGAGCUUAUAUCAGGAAGAAAGCCAAUUGAUUAUCAAACCUUGAAAGAGCAAAUAAGUUUGGUCAAAUGGGCAAAACCAUUAUUGGAGAGUGGAGAUGUUAAAGCAUUGUUGGACCCAAAGUUAGAGGAGGACUUGGAUGUCGAUCAAAUGCAUAAAAUGGUAUUGGCAGCAAGCCUCUGCGUUAGCCAGUCAGCUCGACUUCGUCCAAAAAUGAGCCAGAUACUGAAGAUAUUGAAAGGGGAGAAAGAUGCUGAAGAGUGUGUCGAUUCCCAUUAUAUUGAUACGAAAGAAUUGGGAAAUCAAGAUGAAGAUGACCUUUAUCCGGAAUUUGGUUGCAAACGACAGGGUGACUCUGCAUUGCUUCAGACAGAAAAUGACAACAACUCCCUAAGCAGUGGGGAUACUGAGACAUGUCUAAGUAAUGGAGAAAAACCAAGACACUUUAUGUUAAAGGAGUACUUGAAACAACGGCAAUACUGAUCGUCAUCAUCAAUGUAGACGUUAAAAUUCACAAAUGAAGGGUGUUGGUAUCAUUUAACCAUACUCGCCUUGUUGUAAAAUUUUUAUAUUUUUAAGCAACGAUAUGUAAGAUAUAAAGCAAGUUGGUUC